AUAUUUUCGUGGAGAAGAACCGCGGGCUCGGCGAUGACGGGAAGCCGACUCGGCCGCCAUAUUUGUUGACAAACGUCCCCGGCGGUGUAACGUGUCUCGCAUAUUCUUCGCCAUUUCGCUGACUGCCGCGAUUUAGAUGAAGCAUGGCUGACAGUGAUGAUGAGUACGAGAGACGAAGACGGGACAAAUUUCGUGGAGAACGGUCAGAGUACACCAGCAGUAGUAGCACAAGAGACCGUCGAGAUGAUAGUAGACGAGGCGCAAGAGAGGACUGGGCUGACAGGGGUCGUGAUAGCUGGGGAGGCCGAGACCGAGGCUCAUCUCGGAGAGAGUACAGCCGAGAAUAUGGAAGAUCUCGCGACCGAUAUUCCCCGAACCGUCAUGAUAUGUCUCCUCCGGUUAAAAGGAUGAGGCAAGAUUGGGAGGACAGACGAUAUCCGUAUGAGAGUGGUGCAAGUGGGGCUGCUGGAUAUGGGGCAUAUGGAGGUGCUUAUGGCCAGGAAUAUGGUCACCCAGCUGGACAUGCAGGUGGUGCAGGAAGGCUCGAUGAGUUGGGGCCCACACAGCCUCCAAUGAUGACCUUCAAGUCUUUUAUGGAACAGUGUGACGACUCGAUAACCGAAGAGGAAGCUCUGAGGAAAUACUCGGAGUAUAAGCUCGAGUUUAAAAGACAACAGCUGAAUGAGUUCUUUGUCAACCAUAAAGAGGAGGAAUGGUUCAAGGCCAAGUACCAUCCAGAGGAGUGUGUGAAGCGGAAGGACGAACAACUGGCCAACCUUAAGCGGCGCGUGUCCGUUUUCACGGAACUGCUCGAGGCUAACCGCAUGGAGAACAUCAGCGUGGAUGCUGACCAGUCGGAUCAACUGCUCAAAUUGCUGGAUUCUGUCGUCAUCAAAUUGGAGGGUGGCACAGACUUGGAUCUGCAGGUGCUGGAUCAGGUGCCUGAAGAGGAUGUUAAGCCACAAAUCACUGAGGAAGAGAAGAAGCCUUUUAUCUUAGGCGAAGAUUCUGAUGAUGGCGCAGACAAAGAUAAACCUGAAGCAAAAAACCCCGAUGAACCGAUGAAGAUGGAUAUGUCGGAAGAACAAAUGGAACUCCAAAAGAAGGCAAAGGAGUACCUCAAGCAGAAAAGCACAGACGGAGAAAAGGAAACUCGCAAAAGAAAGCACUCUGGCAGUUCAUCAUCCAGCUCUUCCAGUGACUCUGAGGAUGAACCCAUGGAAGACGAGCCAAAGGAACCUCCUCCACCUGGCAUGGAGAAAGAAGGAAGUGUUGAUGGCUUAAAACCACGAGAGGAGGAGGAGGGGGAGGAGGCGGAGAAAAAAGAGGAAGAGAAGAAGGAAGAGGAGACGGCUAAGGAAAAUGGACUCCAACCUCCUGGAGAAGAGAAUGGAGAGGAGAAAGAAGACGGAGAAGAUGGAGAAGAGAGUGAAUCCAAGGUUAGUGAUAAGGAAAAUAAAGAAAAGGAGAAGAAGGACGAGGAGGAGAACAACAACAACAAAGAGGAGGAGGAGGAUCUUCGGCCCCGAGCCCUUCAUAAAACUGCGUCGAUAUUUUUGCGCAACCUUGCCCCUACUAUAACCAAACAGGAAGUGGAAGCUAUGUGUCGCCGAUAUAAUGGAUUCCUGAGAGCAGCUAUCGCUGAUCCCCAGCCAGAACGCAGGUGGUUCAGGCGGGGUUGGGUCACGUUUAAGAGACACGUCAAUAUCAAGGACAUAUGCUGGAACCUAAAUAAUAUCAGAUUACGAGACUGUGAACUGGGUGCCAUUGUCAACCGGGAUCUCAGCCGUCGCAUCCGCACUGUGAAUGGAAUUACCUCUCAUCGUGCUGUAGUUCGUGCAGAUAUCAAAUUGUCGGCGAAGAUUAUUCAAAAUCUAGACUCAAGAUGGAGCCUCUGGAUAGACUGCAAUGAUAAUGAAGACAAUCCACAGUUGUUGAGUCUAACAUCGUCGUCCAACCCGGUGUUGCGUAACAUCACAGACUAUUUGAUUGAAGAAGCAAGUGCCGAGGAAGAAGAGCUUCUUGGGGCUAACAGUGCCGUCACGAACACCACCGAAGAAAAGGCUGAAGGGGAAGCCAUCGAACGUGAACCUAGUCUUAUCUCGGUCCUUGAUAGGUUGUUGCUUUAUCUACGCAUUGUUCAUUCCGUUGAUUACUACAAUCAUUCUGAGUAUCCCAAUGAAGAUGAGAUGCCUAACCGUUGUGGCAUAAUGCAUGCUCGUGGCAUACCUCCAUCAAGCAAAGUCACUCCACAGGAGGUACAGGACUACUGUCGAGCAUUUGAGAACAAAAUUGGUUCUUUCCUUCAACCCCUCACGAAACUAAGUGAAGAUGAAUCCAAAAAGCUAGGUCUGAAGGAAGCAGAAGAAGAAGUAGAAAAAUUUGUUCAGUCCAAUACUCAGGAAGUGGCCAAAGAUAAAUGGCAGUGUCCCUUGUGUGGGAAGAAGUUCAAAGGAGCCGAAUAUGUCCACAAACACAUUCUCAUUAAGCAUGCUGAAAAGGUCAAGGAAGUCAAGAAAGAGGUGGACUACUUCAACAAUUAUCUUCGGGAUCCAAAACGUCCACAACUUCCAGAAUACCCAGGGAACAAACACGGCGGUAGGAAGGAUGAUCGUCCAGAUCCCUACGUGGCAGCCUACCCACAGCAUGUACCUGAUAGCCGGUAUGGGGCUUAUGCUGGUGGGUAUGGAAGACAAUACCCAGCUACUCAUGGUUAUGGGUAUGGCAGUGCGUACCCUAAAGAUUAUUAUGCUGGUCGAAGUGAGCCUUAUGUACGUGAACCUUACCAGAGACCCAGAGUGACGUAUAGAUCUAGGUCGGGUGAUCCGCGGGAAGUCAUUGGAUACCAUGAUUUGGAUGCUCCUGAUGAUACAGAUCUCUUUUAACCUUGACGUCGCCAGCCAAUUGGUCGGUUACAGGGACCUGGAUGCCCCAAAGGAAGAUUAUUAACUCUGGACACUGAUUGCCGUUCAUCUCCCAGAAUCAGGACAACUGGACUUCUCUACCAGCUUCAAGAAUACCUUCUGUGGACUUCACAUUUCUCGGUGCCUAUUGCUGCCAUUACAAUUGUCAUUUCCGUUGUGGUGGCCAACCUUCCAGAUACAAUGUCGCCUUGAUAAGCAAAUAAGUCACCUUUUGGAUGGCCAAUAUAAACGCACUCGACAUGAGGUAGUAUUUGUUAUGAUGGGACUCAAUGAACUACUUAGAAAGUUCAUUUUAACAAUGCAGUUAGAUUUUGGCUGUGGUUGGUAUUCAUUUAUAGUUGAUGAUGAGGUAUGAAAUAAAUAUUUACAAUUUGGCCAUGUUAAUGGGAUUAUGUGUACUUUUGUGUUCUGUUUUGUUCAGUGUUGUAGUUUUCCAGGCCCCUGUAAUACUGAUUGUAUGUUAUUGUAGCAUUCUACAGGUUACUGAGAAUGCAAAAACAGUUUACUAAUUUUUCCUCUUCUAGGGUGUAAAUUGCAGAGAUGUACAUUUGGUUACACAGUAUUUUUCUGGCAAGAACAAACGGCUAAAUUCAUCUUUGUCUUUAUAAAAAUAUUAGUAAAAAAAAUCUCUUGUAUCAUGCAA